CUUGGAUAUUUAACUGUAAAACUAAUCCAAUAGUAACAAAUGAAAAUCUCAAAAUGUCGUGUUGGGAAUUGGAAAAAGAGAGAAGAAAAAAGGUGAUGGCUCAUUUCGUGCAUCUCUCUAAUGGUUCAAAUAAAGGUAAACUCCGUAAAUAGAUGUGGCAAUUAGCAUAUGCUUUGAGUCUGUAUGUUAAUACACAAUUUGCGUGUCGUGUGUGUAUUACAUUCGGGCUGAAAGAGUCAGUAGACUGGAAAGAGUAAAAAUAAUAUGUAGUGUAUGAAAGAGACGCUUCGACGAUGUGUUUUCAAAAGAAAAGGAUUUGCGACGCAACAACAUGGACGAGCAACAACAAUGGAAUCAUCGUCGGUGGUGGUGGCGGAAACUGUAACUGUUCCAGUUCCAAAAAGUAAACAUGGGCUGCGCAUUCUCAUCAUGCCCAAUCCCAAAUCCCGGGAACUGAUUAGUUACUUUUAUUGCCAUACCUGGGGUUCAUAUAAAUACAGCAGUUUUCUGCAUUUACCAUCAGUUUACACUUGGUUUUCAUCUGGUGAAGUUCGUGUUUUCGUUGAGUGUUGCUUUAAUAAUUGUAGAGGCAAGAUGAAAAUUGCUGUGGAAGGAUGUGCCCAUGGAGAGCUGGACAACUUGUACAGUUCUAUUCAGGCGCUCGAGGAAGAGAAUAAUUAUAAAAUAGAUCUGCUGAUUUGCUGUGGAGAUUUUCAAUCAGUGAGGAAUGAGAGAGAUCUUCGUUGCAUGGCAGUGCCAGAGAAAUAUUACAAUAUGUGCACAUUCUACAAAUAUUACAGUGGUGAAAAGAAAGCACCUAUUCUGACUAUCUUCAUUGGAGGAAAUCAUGAGGCUUCAAAUUACCUGCAAGAACUUCCUUAUGGUGGAUGGGUGGCCCCCAACAUUUACUAUCUAGGAUACGGCAGUGUUAUAAAUAUAGGAGGGAUACGAAUUGGUGGGAUAUCAGGAAUAUAUUCACCAUCCGAUUACAUGAGGGGUCAUCAUGAAAUCUCUCCAUACGAUGAUAAAGCAAAGAGGUCUGUUUACCACACAAGAAACAUUGAGGUGCACAGAUUCAAGCAGUUGUCGGGACUCGUCGAUGUGUUCAUUUCUCACGAUUGGCCUCAGGACGUCACAGAUCACGGCGACGUUAAUUCGCUAGUUAAAAUUAAACCAUGGUUCAAGGACGAUAUUAGUAAGGGCAAGUUGGGUAGCGCUCCGUGCAGGGAAAUCAUGAGCACGUUGAAACCAAAGUAUUGGUUCGCUGCACAUCUUCACUGCAAAUUCGCGGCGCUCGUCGAACACGACGACAAAAGCACCACCAAGUUUUUGGCUUUGGACAAGUGUCUUCCUAAGAGAAAGUUCCUUCAGAUUCUUGAUAUUCCUAGCGAAGAGACAGGGGACAAUGGCGUACACAUAAAAUACGAUUUGGAAUGGUUAACAAUCCUUUACUUGACGAAUCACCUGUUCAGCGUUAAGCAAUCAAAUAAUUAUUUACCUAGUAAAAUGGGUCACGAAAGAUGGCAAUUUACUCCGACCGAGGAAGAGAAGCACGAAGUUCUGAAGAUGUUCGGCGAUUUAACAGUGCCAUUAAACUUCGUGAAGACUGUCGACAGUUACGUGGCGGGGACUCCGUUCAAGGGUCCCACAGUUCAACAGCCUAAAGCCGUAAUCAAUGCGCAAACAACAGAGUUUUGCAAGAAAUUGGGAGUGAUUGACCCGACCGAAGAGAUUCUGAAAUCGCUCGCGGGUUAUUCCUUUAACCUUAGCGGCAAUUCGGAGAACAGCAGUUAUACCUCUGUCAUUGAAGAUGUGGACGUAGCGAAGGAUAUCAGCGAAUCUGCUGAAAUCUUGUCUCCUCUUAAGAGGACGGGUCUGAGCUUGCCUAAACCUGUUAACGCAAGAGAAGAAACGGAAGAAGAUGAAAGUCCGCGUAAAUACAUCAAAAUGUCUGAUGAAUGCGACGAUUUACCGCAGGUGAAAGAGACUGACGAUGCAAAUAACUUUACGAAGAAGUUCAAGAGACGCAACGCUAGUCUUUAUGCAACAGAAGAGACCGAAUAAAUUUAAAGUUUAUUCGAUCUAUUUGUACAUUUUUUGUAAGUAUCUGUGACGAAUUGUAUGGAUAUAGUAUCCACAAAUUUAUAUAAAUGUAUCUAUACACAUAAUAAGAGAGACUUACUAUGUGUAUGUAUAUUGAAUGUACAUUCAGUUAUUUCUCAAUAUGUAUUAAUUUGUACAUAACAGUGCGGGUCUUCAGGGUAGGGACGGAUUCCUCUAUCCUCGUGUUUCUUAGGUACAUAACGACUGUAUGUAAUUGAUUUUAUAAUUGUAACUAUAAAUAAACAACAAAAUAAUUUUCAUUAUA